CCACUAAAUCUUAUUGCUAAUCUCUUAUUAAUCCACAAAAUGAGCCUCUCCAAACACCUACCCAUUUUCUUCUUCCUCUUAAUAACUCUUUUAAGUGCCUUAGCCCAUGCAGCCAGAUUUGAUAUAAGAAACAAUUGUCCCUUCACAGUCUGGGCAGCAGCCGUGCCCGGUGGUGGCAGGCGGCUCAACCCACGCGAGUCUUGGCCCCUUGACGUCAAUGCUGGCACAAAAGGGGCCCGCAUUUGGGCUCGAACUGGGUGCAAUUUCGAUGGUUCUGGGCGUGGCAAAUGUCAAACCGGUGACUGUGGUGGACUUCUUCAAUGCCAAGCCUAUGGUGCACCUCCAAACACCCUUGCCGAAUAUGCGCUAAACCAAUUUCAAAACUUGGAUUUCUUUGACAUCUCUCUUGUUGAUGGGUUUAAUGUUCCUAUGGAAUUUAGUCCCACAUCUGGUGGGUGCACCAAAGGAAUAAGAUGCACCGCUGAUAUCAAUGGACAGUGCCCAACUCAAUUGAAAGCUCCUGGUGGGUGUAACAAUCCUUGUACUGUAUUCAAGACCGAUGAAUAUUGUUGCAAUUCUGGAAACUGUGGACCUACAAAUUAUUCCAAGUUUUUCAAGGAACGGUGCCCGAGUGCUUACAGUUACCCUAAGGAUGAUGCAACAAGCACAUUUACUUGCAGUGGUGGGACUAACUAUAAGGUGGUGUUCUGCCCUUGAAGCAGAACUUUGCUUUCGUACAUGAGGCAUAGAACUAGUAGCAAGUACGCAAAUAAGAGGUGUAAUAAAAGCUUUGAAGCUUUGUGAGCAUGCGUAAUUAUUGUUGCGCAGACUCUAUGAAACGUAUUCACUUUGACGUACGUUGUAUUAAAAUAUCUAUGUAAGCUUGUGCCGAAAAACAAUAAUAAUAAAAGAUCUUUAUGAAAGAUGGAAGAACUUAACGUUCAUAA